AUGGCAAGUUCUCAUUUAAGAUGGCGUUUCCAACUGCUCUCCAAUCAAAGAGAUUAUCAAAUGUCGUUCCAAGCUUCCUCAUGUCAUUCACAUGAAUGGGAAAUGGUUCCGAUAGUGGUAUGGAAGCGCAUUUGGGGAUGCAAAUCUCUUCCAAAGGUGAAGAAUUUCCUAUGGAGAAUCUGUGCGCAAGGGCUAGCAUAUGGUGAUAAUUUAUCCCUCCCCAUGGAUCCUUCUUAUAGAAGAUGUGGCGCUACAACCGAAACCAUAGAUCAUAUCAUCUUAGGUUUCUCCUUUGCCAGAGCAACCACGUUUAGCAAUGUACUCCCCUUCCUUGUUCCUAACAACGAUUCCCCUUCUGUCAUUCAACUUCUAAAAGCAUGGGAUCAAGUUGACUUUACAAACAAGAGGGAGGAAAAGAAAGUCCUAAGCUUAUUCUUGUUUAUUUGUUGGUCUUUGUGGACUGCAAGGAAUGACUUGAUCUUCAAUGCUAAAGAGUGGACAUCGACAGAAGUGUUUUCCAAAGCUCAGAAGUGUUACAGAGAAUUCUGGUUAACCUAUGCUAAUAGCACCAAUCCAUUAAAUUCAACAUUCCUUGAUCAAAAUUCAAACAAUUACUGGAAGCCUCAGCAAGCUCAGGUUUUGAAGCUUAACUACAAUGCAACAUUUCCUUUAGACGAGUCAGGGAACGAUAUCGGUGGAAUUAUUCAUCCUCUUUCAAGUGAAGCUUUGGCAAUCCUAGUGGGGCUGCAAACAACUAUAGAAAAUGAGGCUCAAAUCAUUGAGGUUGAAUCGGAUAAUGCUGACCUCAUUUCCUAUAUCUCCAAUUCGUGUCGAUCCCACCCCAUUACAAUCUCCAAUAUUAUCGGUGAUAUUCGACUAUUGGCUUCAAGACUUUGUAAUGGUUCUUUUGGUUAUAUUAAUAGAGAUGCUAACAUGGUUGACAUCCCUCUUCGGGCAUUGGAGAUUGUCGCUCCGAGUAAGUAG